AACUGGCAGAUCUAGAAUUUAUAAAAUCCAUAAUAUUAUUAUUUUUUAUCUUUUAUAAUUAGCCAUGGAUAAUUCAGAACGCGAUGGAGGAGCGGCAGCUCCUAGUAGUUCGUCGGCUCCACCUCCUUCCACUUUUAAGCUGUUUAACCGAAGAUGCUCUGUUCACCAAUUCAUGGGAGGCGGAAAAACUGCGGAUAUACUCUUGUGGAAGCGGUGGCGUAUUUCAUUUGGUAUUAUUGUUGUAGCAACUGUUGCAUGGCUGAUAUUCGAGCAGUCUGGAUUACCGUUAUUGUUGAUUUGUUCAGAUGUUCUAUUGUUGUUGAUUGUAGUGUCUUUUGUUCGUGCCAACAUUGCUGCUUAUAUAGAUAAACAACUACAGACAUUACCGGAGUUAGAAUUAUCAGAGGAAAUGGUUAACAAUGCUGCAGCUUCAUUUCGUGUUAAAAUAAAUAAUAUGCUGUACAUGGCUCAUGAUAUCACAGUUGGCAAGGAUUUUAGACUGUUUUUCCAGAUGGUGGUCUGUCUCUGGCUUCUGAGUGUCAUUGGUAGCUACUUCUCUCUCUUCACUCUAGCCUAUAUUGGAACUAUCUUAACCAUUACUGUUCCAGCUUUAUACAGUAGAUAUGAAGAACAUGUGGAUAGAUUCUGUGGGUUGAUCUGCAACAAGUUAAGUCAGCAGUAUAAGAUAGUGGAUGACAAUGUUAUUAGCAGAAUUCCAGAGGCUUUAUCAAAGGAAAAAGAUACAUAAUGUUUAUAUUUUUAUCUUGAAGCAAGAAUUGAAACUUGUACUGCUCAUGAGUGAAUCCAUUAUCAUAAAAGUUGAGCUUUGGAGAAGCGGAAAAUGACAUAAAGUUCUCGGAAGUGUUUCUUCUCUCUGACGAAUGGUAGAUUGGUUUAAAAUUUGUCUCUUAAGUCAUUUGUUGUGUGUUUCAUCUUCACUGGGCCAGAACUUUGAAAUGUCCCUAGCUCCUGUUUGGAAACUUGAAUGUGUAAAGUCCUGCAUUACCUCCCACCCUCUGGUCUUAGAAGUUAGCGCACGGUGUUUGUAAAUGCACAGAAAUGCAAUUUCGAAGCUUGGCUGUGAAGCCUCCAACCGUUAUUAGUUAUUCGGUAUAGAAAAAACAACUGGAGAUGGUGUAAAUUAUGGAGUCCUCUUGGUGUACUUGAGGAGCCUGAAAAUGCAGAAUAUCUUUUAUUUA